CAGCUGCCAUAUACGAUGCAGCUAUAACGUCAUCAUCCCCCUGCCAAUACCAUUCCGCAGUUGGGUCUCUGGAAGAGACGCCAUGUGCUUCCAUUUAAACCUGUCAGAUGAAUAAUACCUACCUCUAUGGUGCUUCCGAUAUUAUUCACCCGUCUGUACAAUCCAACUUUGUUGUCAUUUGUAUUCAACACAUUUUCGAAUGACUCCAUCACCCUCGGAUAGCCUUUCACAGGCAUCGGCGUUGGAAGCUAUCUGAAAGGUGUGGAACUAAAAUGAAAAAAAAACCUAAGAACCUGCAAAACUCACCGAGUGCUCCCAUCUUCGACGUGAGCGUUACAUCUCUUUCUGUCACCUGUGCAAGAGCCAUCUACUACCGUUAGCCUCGUUAUUGUGGACUAAUUUCUUAUGUGGAGCUUCUGACAGGCAGAAUCCGUUAGCCUAAGGCAAUUAAGGUAAUAGCCGAACUUGGAAAAUUCCUGGAAUGUAUAAUUUAGCUGUUACAUUCACCGUUUCAGUUGGGCACACUUGACUGUGAUGGCACAAGAGAAAGUGCUUGCCAAGUCAUCUUAUUUUAUGAAUUCAUGCCCUGAAUCUCGAGAAAGUCUUGAGUCACAGGCAAAAGCUAAUUUUCUGGGCUCAACACCAGAGGAAGCAAGUAGGGCCUCUGUUAUGGGACUUGGAGCGAUCUGUAGGCAUGCCAACAAACUUUUAGGUGACUUUUAUAACCAAGCCUGCAUGGACUUGGCCAAGGCAUUGUUGGGAAAGGUACUGGUCCGCAAACUAGGGGAUCAGGUUUUGAAAGGGAAAAUUGUGGAGACCGAGUGUUACCUUGGGGGAGAUGAUAAAGCUUCACACUCCUACAAUGGCAAAAGAACUGAGAGAAAUGCACCCAUGUUCAUGAAACCUGGCACAUCAUAUGUCUACCGCAUAUAUGGCAUGUACAAUUGCUUCAACAUUUCCAGUACUGAGAAUAGAGGCUUUCAUGAACAGUCAGGACUAGAUGAGUUUUACUUGAUAGGUGAUGGUGCAGCUGUCUUGAUUCGAUCCCUGGAACCCCUGGAGGGCCAGGAAACCAUGCAGCAGUUGCGUGAAAAGAAGAGGAAGCCAGAAUCCAUCAGAAAGAAGCUCAAAGACUUUGAACUCUGUAAUGGUCCCUCAAAGUUAUGCAUUUCAAUGAAUCUUGAGAAAACUACUUGCAAUGGGCAGGACUUGGCAAACUGGCCAGCUUUGUGGAUUGAAGAUAGUGAAAAUGUGAGAGAGGAUUGCAUAGUGGCAUGCAAGCGUAUAGGAAUUGACUCUUGUGGUCCUGAAUGGGCUGAUAAACCCCUGAGGUUCUAUAUUCUGGGGAAUCGAUCUGUUAGUGUGCCAUAUCCAUAUUUGACAUCACUGCACCUGCCAAGCCCAGAGCUUGCUUGGUGUUAUGUGAACAACUGCUUGAUAUUGAGCAUCCUGGCCAUUGCUCUGACUCUAGUCUUAUAUAAAAGCAAGGAUGACCACAAAAGCCAUCCAUCGUCCAAUUUGACUGGAGCAGAUGCUGGUGACAUUUUAUCAGACAGUCCUUCAGCAGAUUCUUCACCAUUGGUCGAGGGCCUGAGGAGUCAGAAGGUCAGAAGCACCUACAAAACCAUUGCAGCUAGUCUGACAGCUGAUGAAGCUGAAGAAGAGAGACGGGCUGAAUCAACACAACUGAACCAUAUCUUUGGACUUCUCAAGAAGGAGGAAAAGAAGUUUGGGAUACAGUCUCUUGAAGACCUGAAGCACCAACUGCACUUGUACAAGGCAUAACCUCAGGUUUAAAUGUGACCAAAUUUGUAUUUAUUCAAAUGCAAAUAUAAGAUUUAUACAGAAAGUUUGACACCAAUAGA